CCCGCCCCAACAUACAGCCCGGUUAUUCGCCAGUCCAUUAUUAUUUUCUUGUGAGAUCCGAAGCCGGCAGGUAAACCACGAGACAAUUACCUGCACGUUUUCUUUCGUUCACACCCAAGACCGGCAGUUACCCAAGUAGAUUUGCAGAAGUUGUACUCCGCCGAUUCGCUCCUGAUUUUCGAACUUCCGCAUUACCGCUCCGUCGAACUCCUACACCUCCGCCGACACGCCCUGCUCCAUUGUGCACAAGCUGUGCAUCGCGACACCACAGCAGCAGUGCUACUGCUUAACCAGGUAGCAGCUGUAGGGGAAAGUGGUUGACUUUCAAGAGUAGAAGCAGAGAUCUGUGGCUUGCCCCGAUCCUUCACAAGCCCCGAUCCGAAUCCGGUUCUUGCUCUCAUCGUUCUGGCAUUGACACCGCCCUCUUUACUCUGUAUGCUGGCUUGCUUUGGUCUGGUAAACUGGUUUCUCUCACCUUCUGGCGAAGGUCAACACUGGGAACGAUCAGGACAAAAAGAGGAUGCUUCUGUGGAAUCUGUACAACUGAACUGUGGUUUCAGCUACCCAUACCCCGCUGGCUAUCUACCUACGGUCUUUUUGUCUACCUGGCCUGGUCUCUUGCACAGGCUAGCCAUAUAGGUCACAGUCGCCGUCACGAUGGGCAAUAGCCAGGGCAAGCCCAUCGAGUUUGGCGAUGAAGUGAAUCUAAAUCACUUCCGCCUACUGCGAGUUGUCGGCCGGGGUGCUUUUGGCAAGGUUCGAAUCGUCGAGAGGAAAGACACAAAUUUAUCCUUCGCUCUGAAGUACAUCAGGAAAGAUGAAGUUGUUCGAUCCGAAAGCGUUCGAAAUAUCAUCCGAGAAAGACGAAUGUUGGAGCAUGUCAACCACCCAUUUAUCUGCAAUUUACGCUACAGCUUCCAGGAUAUUGAGUACAUGUACUUGGUUGUGGACUUGAUGACAGGCGGCGAUUUGAGAUUCCACAUUUCACGAAAGACUUUCACGGAAGAGGCUGUGAGGUUCUGGAUCGCCGAGUUGGGCUGUGCGCUGAGGUACAUACACGGUCAAAAAAUCAUCCACCGAGAUGUAAAACCCGAUAAUGUGUUGUUGGACGGCGAGGGACAUGUUCACUUGACGGAUUUUAACGUUGCGUCCGACAUAAUACCUGGAAAAGUCUUGACGAGCAAGUCUGGGACUCUAGCCUACCUUGCCCCUGAGGUUUAUGCAGGACGUGGAUACGACGUGAGGGCUGAUUGGUGGUCAUUGGGGGUGCUAUUCUACGAGUGCAUCUACAACAAGAGGCCUUUCGAGGGAGGUUCAGAGUCAUCGCUCAGUCAAGUCAUUCAAGCUGCAAACCCAAAGUACCCGAUCACAUCGCCUCCAGUAUCUCUACUCUGUUUAUACGCCAUCAAGGAUGCACUACAGCCCAACCCGGAUAAGCGAAUGGGCGCAACAUGGGAAAGUUUCACCCGCCACGACUUCUUCUCGUGUAUCGACUUUGAGGCUCUGGAGCGAAAGCAAAUCGAGCCCAUUUUCAUUCCGUCAUCCGACAAGACCAACUUCGACGCAACAUACGACCUGGAGGAGCUCCUGCUAGAGGAGGCUCCCCUGGAAGCUAGAGCCCGGAGACAAAAGCCUCGAGAGCGGUUAAAGGACGAUGCUACCGAGAAGGAGAUUCGUGAAGAUGAGCUCUAUCGCAUGAUUGACAGGGAUUUUAGGCCCUUUGACUACACAUUAGCAGCGUACAAAAAGAUCACCGGCCAGAUGGAAGACCAGCAGGGAGAGCAACAAGAUCCCAACAGCGUCAACCGCCAAGGCUCAAAUCUGCAGGCAUCCGGGCCGCCACAAGCCCUAACCACUGACGAGGCUACUCAAAUGGUCAACACUGGCCACCCAGCACAAACUGGCGGCCAAGGAAACACCGUUGCUCGCCAGGUGUCUUCAUCGUCUCAUAAGUCGCACCGUAGCGGCCAUGAUGGCAGUGCAGGCUCUCACCCAGGAUCCCGCAAGCAGCCACCAGGAAGGCUGCCACCGCUCAUGCCAUAUCCGACUUCAUACACUAACUCUCAAGGAAGCGGUGCGGGCAUUCAUCGCACGGGACGCCAGGGCAGCGCAGCCAUGGUCGGGAGCCCAACUGGUGGUGUUCAGGUGACCUUAGACGGAGCUGGUUCCUGGUCCGAUCUGGCUCGGCAAGACGCUACCUUGCCGGCCGACGCCAAUGCUUCCAAUGAGGGUGCUAAAGAUAGUGGCUCAUCCGGAGGAGUGUUUGGAUUCUUAAGUCGGAAAAAGGGCCGAAGCCAUAGCCCGAAGCCCAAGGAGAGAGGCGUGCUCGGGAAGGAAGGUGCUAGGCAGGUCAUUGGAUGAUUAUACGGACAAACUCUGGAACUAACCGUCAAAAUUUCGGAGUAUGGACUACGCGUAGUCGACCCCCAUGACGAGUUUCGAGCCAGGCGCGUCGUCACCGACAGCGCGGUAUGGCUUGGGGAGGGAGCCCGACGCUAUCCGCUUGGCAAUCAUCAAGACUGCCAAGGUGUGGAGGGCCAAAGGUCACUUGGGUUGGUCUUUCGACAUGAGGUCCAUACAACUUUUUCUAUUUCAAUUUUCGAUACCCACCAGCAGGCCCCAUGGGACUACUCUGUCAAGCAUAAAACUCUACAAAUCUGUCACGAUAUAAAGAGAGUUUGGCCAAGGCUGCUGUUCUCUUUUUACUUGGAAUCUUUGUUGCCAUCUACUCACAGUAUCAAUCAAAUCGCCU